AUGGCUCCCACUGCAGAAUCCGUUGGAGAAGCUCGACCCAUUGUAUUUUCGGGGCCCUCAGGCACUGGAAAAUCAACACUUAUCAAGAGACUCUUCGCCCUGCAUCCUACCCUGUUCGGCUUCAGUGUGUCCCACACUACCCGAAAACCACGGCCAGGUGAAGAAGACGGGGUCCACUAUCAUUUCACGUCCCUCGAGACCUUCGAGAAGAUGGUCGCUGAAGACGCAUUCGAGGAGCAUGCCAAGUUCGGUGGGAACCAUUAUGGGUCAUCCAGACAGUCGGUGAAAGAUGUUGCGGAGGGAAAGGGGAAAAGUAUCGACGGUACCACUGCUGAGGGAAAGAGAAUAUGCAUCUUCGAUAUCGAGAUGGAAGGAGUGAAGCAACUUAAAAAGAGCCGGCUGAACCCAAGAAUAUGCUUCAUCCAGCCCCCCAGCAUUGAAGUAUUGGAGCAGAGGCUACGUGGAAGAGGCGACACAAGUGAGGACUCAAUCCAGAAACGAUUAGCCCAAGCCAAAAAUGAGAUGGAAUAUUGCAGAACCGAGGGCAAGAACGACAAGGUGAUUGUCAACGAUGAUCUUGAGACUACAUUCAAGGAACUCGACAAGUGGGUGAUGAAAGACAUAUCUUACGGCAAUUGA